AUGAAAGUGGUCCUAAAACAUCGACCAGUAUGUGUGGCGUUGGUGUUCUUGGCCAUAUUGGCUGUGUUUUACAUCGGACGAAUAAGCGGCCCGGACAGUUCAUGUAAAGAAGUUGUCAACAGCCUUCAGCAACCUCAAACUCAUGAAAAACCAAAAAGUUUCUUGCUUAUCUUGAUCAUGAGCUCUCCAGGUAAUUGUUGGCUUCAGGUUUUUAAAAUAAUUUUUGGUGAUCUUGAAAUGGGUAUACCUAUUUGUUGAUCUUUUCGUUUUGAGAAAAUCGAAAAAUGUUUCACAAAAAAUUUUUAAACUGACCAAGAUGAAAUUGCAGCCGAAUGGACAGAACGCCAAACAGUACGCUCAACAUGGAUAAAGUCUGCCUCAUCACAUGAUGUUAAGUAUCUAUUUCCAAUUGGCACAAAAUCGUUAUCUAAAGAUCUAUUUGAUAAACUGGACAAAGAACAAGAAAGAUAUGGAGAUCUAGCUUUCAUCGACAAAUUAGAAGAAUCCUUUGACAAUUUGGCCAAGAAAACCGCAUUUUCAAUUGAAAUUGGCGUCAAACUACACGACUUCGAGUACGUGUUGAAGACUGAUACUGAUUCUUUUGUACAAAUCGGUCGAUUGAUCAAGGCCAUCAAGGAUGUCGCUCAUCCGAUGUUGUACUACGGCUUCUUGGACGGUCGCGCAAAGCCCUUUAGACGAGGAAAGUACCGGGAAAAAGACUGGGUACUCUGUGACAGAUACCUUCCAUACCAUCUCGGGGGUGGAUAUGUUUUGUCAUACAAUCUGGCAGAAUAUAUAGCUGACCAUACCCAUCUGCUACGCUUUUACCGUGCCGAAGAUGUGAGUGUAGGUGUGUGGUUGGCUGGAGUUCAAGUGAAAUAUCUCCACGAUCCCCGAUUCGACACAGAGUACAUAUCAAGAGGGUGUAACAACAACUACCUCGUCACCCACAAACAUACCCAGGAGAUGAUGUAUGCUAUGGCUGAUAAUGUAAAACAAAGUGGUCAGAUGUGCCAAAAAGAGUUUCAAUCAAGGCCAUCGUACGUAUAUGACUUUUCGGUGCCACCUUCACAAUGCUGUCAACGACUGAACGGGUCUAAAAUACCAUAA